AGUAGCUUCUUGCUCCUAGUAGUAAGGCCAGGAGCCCCUAGUAGCAUCCUUGCUCCUAGUAGUAAGGCCAGGAGCCCCUAGUAGAGUUCCGCUUUCCUUUCACGAAAUUCAGAAGUUUGGCCCUGGUUCGCUGAAACUGCUGCUGCUUAAGAAGCGUGGCAGCUGGCCUAAGCGAAGCCAGCUGCACUUCGCCACGGAACGAUGGAACCGUCCCACUGAAACGAUCUGCGACGUCCAUCGCCAGGCGUCGCCUGGGAGAGAAUGUGCCCAUUGAGACCCUUGCAGGCGCAGAACCGCGCGCGAGGCGCCAGCACGGCAGGGUCCCGGCUGCCGACCUUGAAACGCCUCAUCCAGGAGAAGCCUAUCGUGAGGGCUAUUGAGGUCCACAGUGGUUUCUCAGCCUUGGUGGUCGAUGCGGCGGUCGCCCAACGGCGCGGGGAGCAGGUGACUUUCGACUGCUUAUGGUCUUCUUCAUUGACCUCCAGUGCCAUCAAAGGAAAGCCCGACAUCGAGACGGUGACCACCUCGGAACGCAUGCAGAUUGUGGACGACGUUUUAGAGGUCUCCACUAAGCCCGUGUUGUACGACGGUGACACUGGCGGGCCGAAGGAGAUCUUUGCCUUUACGGUGCGGAAGCUGGAACGUCUGGGCGUGUCGGGCGUGGUCAUCGAAGACAAGCACCUGGGCGGCCGGAGCGGAAGGGAUCGGACGACGGUGUUUCACCGAUGCCGGCGUUCCGGGGGCUGCUAAGCGACGGGAGACAACGGUUUCGGGUGGCGUCGGAAGGUCGUGUUCUGCCGUGAUGAUGAUCCAGGCGUUUUACUUUUUUUCAAGGGGGGGCCGGAGAUGGUGUGGAGCCACGGCGAAAACAGGGGGGAUAUCACACUAACUGAGGUGCGUGUGGUGGCGCGUUUCUAGAAACAUUGACCACACCAGGCUUGGGUCCAGUGAUGGAUGCUGGUUUGGGUCUCAAGCAUCCGAUCUAAAGAGGACAAGUUCCACAGAGGUCUCACAUCUUUCCACAGAUGGAAAUCUACCAGGGGUCACAAAGGGGUGGUGUUUGGUCC